AUGCCACCCACCGAGCAAGAAGAGAGACUGGUCACGGUCUAUGCCGAUAUCCACUACUACUUCGCGCCGCCUACCAUACGACCCGUGCUGCACCGCUUCGACAAGGCGUCGUACUUCUACAUAUACUACAACCAGACCACUGGCUCGAGUCGCAUAGAAGUCGCCAACAAUCCCGGCGCAGCGGAACAAGACGCCUUCAAUGGCUUUCUUGACAACUGUCGAAUCAUCAAUUCACACAAAUUCCCCACGCUCUUGACACUGGAGGUGGAUGGUGUUGGACGAUCACAAUCUGCACAGAAUAGAAGCCCAGAACCAGAUGAAUGGCGGCUAGCAAGCGGCGUUGCGACACAAUCUGGCGCCCACAAGUACAGACUGCAUACACUCGACAUCUACUUCUGGGCCGAGGAUGACGCCAAGUCAGUUGUGACUACGCUGAAGCAUCUACUGCAGCCCGAGCAACUUGACAUUGCUGAGUUGGAGCCGGAACCGGAGCCAGAGCACGCUGCACGAUCUGAUAUUGCCAGUCCACUUGUGCAGAACCUCGAAAAUGUAGCAAUAUCAGACCCGGCAUACCGCAAUGGCCAGACACGCAACUCACAGAACAUGGCACAACAGCCAGCAACAAUCCCUCCGCCGCCAGCAGCGCCUCAACCAAGUCACUCUGUCUCGCCGCAAAUCACUACUCCGCAGUCUAGUAACAAACCAGAUUCAACGCAGAACUUCACCCCCAUGGCGUACAACCCGGCAGCGCCAGCAGCUCCGGAGCCAAUCGCCCACCGCGAGGAUACACCUCCGCCCAUUGACGACGGACAUGGUACGGGUCUAGCUGCAGCAGCCAGACACGACAAUGUCCCUUAUCAACCAGGCCAACCUCAUCAGCCGUAUCCAACAGGACAGCCUCCACAGCAGCAGCAACCCUACCGACCAGGCGAGCCCGUGUCGCAACCAUGGACUGGCGGUCCACCAACACAACCUUCGCCAUUCACAUCUCCACCUCCUCAAUCAUCCAGCACGCUCUCCUACAUCCCAUCCGCCACACAACCAACAACCCUUUCCCAAACCACCUCCAACCAAUCUCAACAAUACCGCCUCUCCAGCGCCGCACAACACUACACCCCCGACGCCGCCACCCUCGCCCGCGAGCAAUACCAAGCCCGACAACCAUCCUUCAACAAAGCCACCGACGGCAUCACCCCCGGCGCCCAAUUCUACAGCACCCUCCCCCAACCCACAUCCUCCCCGCACAAACCCCUCCAGCACGUCCAACCACAAUACCCAGACUACCUCUCCGCAAACACCUCGCCCCGACAAUCCGCAUUCGAGAUGUCUGCCGCACAGCAGGCUCAGCUGCAGGCGCAUCAGCACCAACAUCCGAGUUAUAACUAUGGUGCGGCGGCGCAGCAGGGGAUGUUGCCGCAGGCUCCGUCGACGAAUCCGUACGAUGUGCAUAGUCAGGUUUAUAGGCCGUCAGAGCAGGAGGCGGCGGCGGCGGCGCAUGGUGGGCAUGGUGGGCGGAUGCCGAGUUCAAGUGGGAGGCCGCCGAAGGAGAGUCGGGUUGAGAAGGCGGAGAAGAAGGCUUCUGGCUGGAUGAAGAAGUUGGAGAAUAAGGUUGGGUUGUGA